AUGCAAUUCUUGCUCACGCUUCCUGAGAGCCUUGUCAGGGAGCUUUUCCAUGAGGCGCGGGCGCAGACGCUGGCUUGCCAUCCCUUCUUUCUUGAGAUCGGCGCUGCAAACCCCACUAUGGAACUGCAGUUGUGCAACAAAGCCGCCAGUGAACUUUACCUUCUGGAGCAUGAUGUAAUAUUCCACGGCAAGCAGAAGGGGCAAGGAAUGUAUGUCCUUGCCUCAGGCGGGGCCAAGUACUCACAAGGAACCGAGUUCUACCACGCGGAAUCUUGCUGGUGGUCAGGAAGUAGUGGUAAAGAUGUUUGCAUCGCCAUAGUAGUCGCUUCCAACUGGCCCUCAACCGUAAAACCCCAAUGA